AUCCACGACAAUCCUUCCCUUUGUUUGACAUUCAUAAAUGUGCUCUUUUAGUUCUUUUCCUUUUCCCUCUUCAUUUUCAUCCAUUAUCCAUCUUUCUUCUUCUUUUUAUCCAGCAAAAGAAGGGUUUUUUUUUAUUAUUAUUAUUUUAAAGCGAACAUGAGUAGAACAGCCUUUGCUUUACUCUAUUUUGGCUGCAUAUUCAUCCUCUGUGAAGCCGAAUCGAUCAGCCAGAAGCCUCAAGCUUUUGAGUCCUUCAACGUCAGUUAUAUACAGAAUUUAGGGAGCUGUUCUUACUCGGUAGUUAUUUCAACGAGCUGUUCCUCAACUAGUUACACUCGAGAUCAGAUCAGUAUCGCUUUUGGGGAUGCUUAUGGUAAUCAGGUAUUUGUGAUUGUUUCCCCUGAUAAUCAGAUAUAUGUACCGAGGUUGGAUGAUCCAUCCACUAGGACAUUUGAACAAUGUUCUUCAGAUACAUUUGAGAUAUACGGACCAUGUGCAUAUCAGAUCUGCUAUGUUUAUCUCUAUCGAUCUGGACCGGAUGGUUGGAAGCCUGAGAGUGUGAAGAUUUAUGGUUAUAAUUCGAGGGCUGUUACUUUUUACUAUGACACCUUCAUUCCUAGUGACAUUUGGUAUGGAUUUAAUUAUUGCAACACUGCUUCUUCUUCGCAUCGACAGAUUGGUCAGAGAUCGUUCUUGUUUGUGAUUAUUUUGUUCGCUCUCUGUGCACUCUUAUAAGUAUGUGUCUGCAAAGUCUGUAAUACCCAUGUUACGAAAGAUUGUAGACUGUGAUUUGAAGUAUAGACAUUGUUUUUCUCUCAAGUAUGCUGUUCGGUGUUAAUAACAAACUCUUGCAUUGCAAUUCA